AGUAGGUGGAAUUUCGUAAAAUUAGUCGAACUAUUCAUAAAAUUACAUAAAUUAUUGCUAUUGCAUGAUGUUUCAUGUUAAUAAAUAUUCCUAAAUUGGAUAUCCAAGAGCAAUAUAGCUAAAAUGUUCCGUUAGCCUUCAAUAUUAAAAUGGAAUCUCAGUGAAAGUGAAACGUUGCACUUGCAACUAGGAAUAGCAUUUACAAACUUCGACAAAACUCAACAAAAUGGGAAAAUCAAGCAAAGUGGUCAUCUGCGGGAUGAAAGGCGUGGGAAAGACGGCAAUUUUGGAGCAGCUUAUUUACGGAAACGUCAGUUUAAAGUCGUGUUUCUAUCCAACCAUCGAGGACAUCUAUGUGGCGAAUAUCGAGACAGAUCGGGGCUCGAAGGAACGCGUCUGUUUCUACGACACAGCUGGCUUGGAGCCCCCGCUUACAGGCGAGUUGAAAGGUCCACCGCAGUCUCCAACAAUGCAGCUGACGGCUAAUCAGGUGCUGCAACGACACUACCUCGGCUUCGCUGAAGGGUUCGUCAUGGUUUAUGACACCACAAAGCCGGAAUCCCUCGACGUUCUGAUGUACUUAAAAAAGGAUAUCGAUAGGAAUAAAGAUAAGAAAGAGGUGGUAAUGCUAGUCAUCGGCAACCGCACGGGCCCUGAUGACGUCAACAGCUUGGAAAACACAUGCUCCAAAGCCGCUAACUGGUGCUCUCGCGAAAAAAUCCGUCAUUUUGAAGUGUCAGCCAUGGACAGACCAUCUCUCUACGAACCCUUCAUCUACAUGACGUCACGGCUCAACCCAGUGCAAAAUAAGACCGCCUUCCCACAGCUUAGUACGCUAAGUAAGCUGACACAGAAGAAUAAUAAGAGCGAAGCCAUGUAACGGUACGUUUUGAGUCUAUGCCCUUUCUGCUACCAUCCUUAAGUAGCACGAAUUCAUCUAAUCACUUGUCGCUUUUAAGUUUUUUUUUGUGCUACAGGGUGUACAAUUUACAGCAGAUAAAACCACAGAAAAUGACAAAUUACUUCAAUUGAGUCUGAAACUUAAGUAUUAAUUAUGCAAAACAUAUGAAAUCAAAAAAAAUUAAAUGUUUAUUGAAUAGACUAAUUACGUGAUCUAAAAUAACUGCUGUUUUCUGCCACACCCUGUAUUGAUAUUAAUAAGAUCUCGCGAACAAAGUAUCAAUUAGUAUUAUUUCUGUAUUUAUUGUAUUUGAGACGGCUCUCUGUCACAAAUUCUUUCAAUUUAUUUUAAACCUGGUGCCGAAGUUAUAAAGUUGAAGAUGCGUUAGAAAUUGUAUAAAUGUGUGGGUUGAGUUA